CUGGCUGCAAAUAGCCGGCGCCGUCGGUCUCCCCGCUCCUUGACAAAACCUCCUUCCCGUCGCUGGUCCACAAAAGACAACCGCGCACUUGUCACGCCCAACUUCCAAGUCUCAACUGACCUCGCUACUCCCUCCUUAUGCAGGGAUGGUGCGUCGUUCAGGCCGGUCAAACUACCGGAGGCGUUCAGCUCCAUGGUGGCGUACGAUUUCAUCCUUUGCGAGGUCGUUGCCACUUGCCGAGGUGUCUGUCCAUGGAGCUCUUUAUGGACAUCGUCCCAACGGCCAGGCUUGGUGACGCUUGCUUCCACCCAUCUUCUGCUCACAUGAAGUAGAGGAAUGGAGGGAAUGUACCGUAUAGAAGAAACAAACAGCUCGCAAACCCAGACCUAGUGGAAAAUAGUGCAUGAGGAUGGCAGAUGGGUCCACUAGAUGAGUAAAGUGUAAGAGAUGGGGGAGAGGAUGUCACAUGUGUGACAGAGGAGGGAGGAGAGAGAAGAGAUGAGGUGGAAGAUGAGGAAUGGCUGUAGAAACUACUUGUUGAAGAUGCUCACAGUGGGAAAAUGCUCUCAGUAGCCUAUAAAGCGAGCUUCAGGGAGAAGAUUUGGCUCUCUGCAGUCACAUACCAUUUUUCUCUCAAGCCAAGGUUUUGCUUUCUCGCAUUUGCCUCCGCACGCAAGUAUAUUGCUCGCCCUCCUUUUUGAGUAUAUUUUGUAAGGUCUAUAUAGCAAUCUGUCCUGAUCAGCACCACCCACGGUGUCAAGAUGGGGAGUUUGCACAAGAUCAAGUUUGUUCUCCUCUUGCUCUGCUUGGGGGUGUCUGGGAGAGCGGAGUAUCUCAAGUACAAGGAUCCAAAGCAGCCUGUCGCUGUUCGCAUCAAGGAUCUGCUUGGCCGCAUGACUCUCGCAGAAAAGAUAGGCCAGAUGACUCAAAUUGAGAGGGAAAAUGCCACAGCGGAGGCGAUAUCCAAGUACUUCAUAGGUAGUGUACUGAGCGGAGGAGGUAGCGUGCCUGCUCCUCAAGCAUCUGCUGAGGCUUGGGCUUCAAUGGUGAAUGAAAUGCAAAAGGGUGCACUUUCUACCCGCCUAGGUAUUCCGAUGAUCUACGGUAUUGAUGCUGUGCAUGGUCAGAAUAAUGUCUACAAAGCUACAAUCUUUCCCCACAAUGUUGGACUUGGAGCUACAAGGGACCCUAUGCUGGUAAAGCGUAUAGGCGAAGCAACUGCUCUUGAAGUUAGAGCUACUGGAAUUUCUUAUGUCUUUGCUCCGUGUAUUGCGGUUUGUAGAGACCCAAGAUGGGGACGCUGCUAUGAAAGCUAUAGCGAGGACCCAAAGGUUGUCCAGUCAAUGACCACACUUAUCUCUGGCUUGCAAGGCGAUGCUCCGUCAGGUUACGCGGGAAGACCAUACGUUGGUGGAAGUAAGAAGGUUGCUGCAUGCGCAAAGCACUAUGUCGGUGAUGGUGGAACAUAUAUGGGAAUCAACGGAAACAAUACAAUCAUUGAUACUCAUGGGCUGAUGAGCAUCCAUAUGCCGGCUUAUUACAACUCUAUCAUCAGAGGUGUCUCCACCGUCAUGGUCUCCUACUCUAGUUGGAACGGAGACAAAAUGCACGCAAACCAUUUUCUAAUCACUGAUUUUCUCAAGAACAAGCUCAAAUUUAGGGGUUUUGUUAUUACAGACUGGCAAGGCAUCGAUCAGAUCACUUCUCCUCCGCACUUGAACUAUUCUUAUUCAGUUGAGGCUGGAGUUGGUGCUGGUAUCGACAUGAUCAUGGUUCCUUUUGCCUACACAGAGUUCAUUGAUGAUCUGACAUCCCAAGUUACGAACAACAUUAUCCCCAUGAGCAGAAUCGAUGAUGCUGUCUUUAGGAUUCUCCGGGUCAAGUUCACUAUGGGUCUAUUUGAGAACCCUUUUGCCGACCCAAGCCUCGCCAAUGAACUCGGAAAGCAAGAACACCGCGAACUUGCUCGGGAAGCUGUCAGGAAAUCCUUGGUGUUGCUGAAAAACGGAAAAUCUUCCUACACUCCGUUGCUGCCUCUCCCAAAAAAGGCCGGUAAGAUCCUUGUCGCUGGUAGCCACGCCAACAACUUGGGCAACCAAUGUGGAGGAUGGACGAUCACAUGGCAAGGAGAGCCUGGCAAUAACAACACUGCAGGCACGACGAUCCUUUCCGCGAUCAUGUCGACGGUCGAUCCCAGCACGCAGGUGGUCUACUCGGAGAACCCGGACAGCAGCGCCGUGGAAGGAGGCAAGUACGACUACGCGAUCGUGGUGGUCGGUGAGCCACCCUACGCCGAGACGGCAGGGGACAACCUGAACCUGACAAUUCCGGAGCCCGGGCCGGCCGUGAUUCAGACGGUCUGCAAGAGCGUCAAGUGCGUGGUAGUCCUCAUCUCAGGCAGGCCGCUCGUGGUGGAGCCAUACAUGGACGCCAUGGACGCGCUCGUCGCGGCGUGGCUGCCCGGCACGGAGGGCCAGGGCGUGGCCGACGCGCUCUUCGGCGACUACGGAUUCACCGGGAAGCUGCCGAGGACGUGGUUCAGGUCGGUGGAACAGCUUCCGAUGAACGUCGGCGACGAGCACUACGACCCGCUGUUCCCGUUCGGGUUUGGGCUCGCCACGGAGGCCAGACAAUGAGAUCCGAUGCUUAGGUGUGGGGGGGAGUGAGCGAUGAGAUGAUGCACAUUCCGACAUGCGUUUGUGUUGGAUUUGUUGGCAUCGGCUAAAACGAGUGGUGCGUUCCUGAGUUUGUUCAUGUUAUUGUGGUCUGUGAAAUAAUAAAAUCAUCGUUCUCUUGGGUUAUGUUCUCUUUU